CAUCAGUCCUGCAGUAUAUAAACCCCGGUUCUCCAUCCACUCUGCCAGAUCGUUGUCUCUCCAAGCCUUGUAAUGACUUUCUUGGCCAAGUUUGAGAACUUUAGAGAACUUUUUUCCGUACCUCAGGAUCAUUGCCUUCACUAGAGCUCCUUCAAUCAGCCACGCUGCCCUCCAUCUUCAAGUUCCACUCUGCCUGGGUCUCAGCCAUAUCCUCUCACCACUGCCAGCAGGAGCUACACAUCACCAUUUCAUACCCUGGUUCUCAAUAAAGCCUGUCUUUGGAAAUCGUACCAACUGAGUUUGUGGUCAGCUUGUGGGUUCCUCUGUUUAACAUAACAGAUCUGCAUUUUAAGUUGUGCUAUAAGUAAGAGCAUUACAGAAGAAGACGAACAUGGCUGCCACACCUUAUGAUGAGAAACCGGAGCCUGGGGACUUGAUAGAAAUCUUCCGGGGCUCCUAUCAGCACUGGGCUGUGUAUGUUGGUGAUGGCUUUGUUGUUCACCUGGCACCACCCUCUGAGGUCCCGGGUGCAGGCUCCAGCAGCAUGAUGUCUGUCCUAGUUGAGAAAGCCAUUGUGAAGAAAGAGGAGCUGUGGGACGUGGUGGGAAAGGAUCGGUGGAAAAUAAACAACAGCCUGGACAGCGAGUACAAGCCUCGUCCUGUUCACAUCAUAGUGAGGGAGGCGAGCUUGCGUGUGGGCGAGGAGCUGCCGUACUGCGUCUUCAGGGGGAACUGUGAGCACUUCGUAACCGAACUGCGAUACGGAAAAGCCGAGUCCCGGCAGGUGCGUAAGGCGGGAGAAACAGCGAUGGUCAUGGGUGUGGCUGCAGCGGUGGGUCUGGGUAUCUUUGCUCUGGCAGGAGCUUUGUUUGGAGGCAGUAAAAAAGAAAAAGACAAGAACACGCAGUGAUUGAAGUCUUAGGGUUUGAUUAAUAGAUCACCACUAAAGCCUAACUGGUUGUUAUCAUGAUCACUCACUGCAAAUAUCUGUGAACUUUCCUCCAUCCGUCUCUCCGCUCUUCUGUUGUUAGAGUAACAGCUGGGUUGGUUUGGGAUCAAGGCCCGAUAUUUUUCAGACUUUUUAAAAUUUCUAGCACAAUAAAACAGCAUAUUAAACAAAUUAAUUAAGGUGCCAGGAUGAAAUAUAUGUUUAGAUGUUGUAAUAAGAACUUUUUGAAGAGGACUGUAGAUGUAGAUAUAUAGACUAUAAGGUAUUUUCUAUUUAUAAAAAUAAAAACAGCUUGCUUAUGAAUAAAUAAGCUAGUUGAAUCAGUUACCUCUGCUUAGUCCAACAUGGAUAUUUUACAUAAUCAAAAUAAGCUAAUAGGAUGAUAUUGUGGUCAUAUCUGACAGAAAUGCCAUUUAAUAUCAUAUGCACUUUUUAUUUUAAUGAUCUGUGGGCUGAAAGUAGACAUGAACUAAACUUUUCUCAUGACUUGUCACCUUUAGUUCACAAUUGAUCUGGUAUUUACAAGGUUUUGUCUUCCUCUGACAUUUAAUUGUUUUGAUUAAAGAAUAAUUUGUGUGAUUCUG